AUGCUGAGCUGGAGCCCCUGUCUUUGCGAAUGGGAGGCACGUCUGAUAGCGUCAGUGCCACAUCAUCACCCUCUGCCCAGUCGGCCCGCCUGCAUUACUCCAUUCAUCAGAAAAGCAACCAAACUGUAUCGCCUGCAGCAGCCACCGGUACCAGCGAUCGCCGACUCUCCCACUAGUAUGUUGGUCGGCCGAGAAGGAAGAGAGGGAGGUGACAGCCAGGCAGCACGGGGCCUGCGGUGUGAGGAAAGCUCCGUGGGGCGGUUGAGACAGCUGGAGAGCACUGAGCUCUGUGGCUUGCUGCUGCUGGGCGAUGGUCCUGGACCUUCUAAUGCUGCGAUGAGGGAGCAAAGAAGGGUGCAUGAGAAUAAGCAUGGAAGGGGAGGUCUGGAGGGGAGCAGCACAAGGGCGACUGUAGAAGACGUGAACAACGGUGAAGCGGAACGGAAGCAGACGAAGGAGGAGGAAGCGCAGGUGACAAGCAAGCAGCUUGAGAUGUUGCAGCAGGCGAACGAUGAGGUGAGUGCGGUGGUGGUGGAGUGGAUGGGCAUGGGGGAAGUGGAUGGGAAAACGGAUGGGCAAAAGGAUGGGCAAAAAGAAUGGGUAAAAAGGCUGGCCUCCAUUCCCUCUGUGAAGGAUCAGGUGCUUGUUGGCCGAAGCUUCUGUUACGAUGCAUUGGGGCAGUUUGACAAGGCCGUCGCUGACCUGUCCGCUGCCAUAGCGGACUACUCUCGCGUCAUUGACCUGGACCCCUCCAAUGCUGAAGCACUCAGGUGGCGAGGCAUCUUGUCAUUCAACCUAAAGUACUACUAUGCAGCUGAGAAGGACUUUCAGCAAGCCAUUCAGCUCGACCCCUCUCUUCCCUUCGUCUUUAAAGGCCUUGGCCUCGCCAUAGGGGGCAGUGGGAGGUGGCGGGAGUCGUUGCCAGUGUUUGCAGAGGGAGUGAGGCGGCACCCUCAGGAUGCGGACCUGUGGCAUUCCAAGGGGCGCGCGCACAAGGAGGUGGGCGAGGUGGAUCAAGCCAUACAGGCGCUGCAGCGAGCGCUGCAGAUCAGAAAGGCAGUGGCGACCUAUCAGGAGCUCGUGUCUGUCAGCCGAUUCGUGGGUGACUACAGGGCCGCCAUACGCUAUGCAAGGGAGGGGUUGGAGCUGGACGGAGGAGACAUGGAGCUCGUGCACGCCCACGCCAGCAGCCUGCAUGCCCUGGGGGACCUCGCCGAAGCUAUGCGCAAGUACCAGGCAGCGCUGGCAAUGCAGCCCAGGGACCAGGAGGGACAGGCUCUCCAGCACUCCAUGUUCUACCAGAGGGAGGUACUGGCCUACACCAUUGCUCGCUUGCAGCAGCCGCUCCCCUCCAUCCGCUUCGACUGGGAUUUCACUGCUGAGUUCAGAGAGGCAUGGACUAAGAAGGACCCUAUAGCAACGCUGCCAGGCUACCAACCCCUCUCAGUCACUGCACGCCAAUCACAGCGCGCCACGUUGCAGUCCCUGCCCACGCUGUCUCGUGAAGCGUUGGAUCUGAUCGAAGCAGCGGACAGGAUCGGCCAGCGGGCCCACUACCACUGCGAUGCAUUCAUGGCAAACAGGCAGCAGCUGCGCAUGGCAGGGCUGGCAGCUCUUGACGUGAUGCAGCAGGUGAGAUUCUUCCCCUUUUUUUCCACCCUCGCCCUUCUCUCAUCUGCCCCCAUUCACUUUGAUGGUGUUCAGUUCACUCGUACAUCCCCAGGCCUGGCAGCUCUUGACGCGACGCAGCAGGCAAGGGCAACAUGGGAUGCCAUGGCAAAGGAGCAGCAGCGAGGGGGGAGUCGGCGGCUGGUGACAACAACCAUGGAAACUGAUGCACCAGGAGGGGGGGGAGAAGGAGGAGGAGGAAGCGUAGGGAUAGAAAGCAGGGCGAAGCAGAGGCAGCGGGGAAGUGACAGCUCCGGCAAGGGCAGUCGGAAAAGCAGUAGCAGAGGCAAGGGGUCGGGCGGUGGGGUGCUGAAGGGGUGGAGGGAUGUGUACGAGGUGAUCACGAGAUGGAGACAGAUCUCCGAUCCAACGGAUGCUGUGCUCUGGAAGGACCAGCUCAAGAAUCGCUUUGCGCAGGGCUUUCGGUCGUCCACGCCCAUCAAGGUGUGGGAUCUGCAGACCGUCAAGUACUACCCCGUCUUCAACAAGUCGUUUGAGGCCAUGCGUGAGGCUCUACUGGAGAAGGACCUGACCGGAUCAAUGUUUGAAAUCCUUAAGAGGCGCAUGAAUCUUGCUCUGCGUGCCAUUUCAGUUUGGCGCGGCUCCCUUUCACUGCGCCGCGUAUCUGCAAAUGCUGAAUCGACAUCCUACCUCUUGUUGGCCCAUCCAUUCCUGCUUCCCCCUCCUCCCUCCCACCAGGCGCUGUGUGCGGCAGUGCUGGACGCACACACAGAGGCAGCGGACCCGCGUCGCUACCGCCAGACGAUUCAAGACGCCAUCCUCCGCCUGGGGUACUUCUGGUUCCAGCUGAUGCCGCUGACGCGCGGGUCCGCCAUGGUGGGGGUGGUCUCCAUCCUCGGCCUCUCCAUGGCUGCGGACAUGGAAACCACUGCGCUCGUCCCCCAUGGGGUGCAGGUAGGCUGA